GAAGGAGUAGGUGAGUAUUGGUUGAUUUCGUGUUCCAACUGGUUGGGCCUUUAGCCUGAAUAAAGUUGAGCUCGUGUCUUCCACAUUCUCCGUAAUUCCGUUUCCCAAUUAGGCAUGGCCAUCGCUACUCCCGAGCUUUACUACUCGAGAUUAUCGACGUCAUAUUCCCGGCAAUCCUCUGCGUCCAUCAUCGCUCCUCAACGGCGGCGCUUCCUGAGAAUUAAAUCUGCUCUCGGCGUCGAAUCUCCCCCGCCUUCCGCCGCCGCUGACCGCGACGAUGGAUGCCCUAAACUGUUGCUCGAAGUCAAAGGUCUCUCAGCCGUCAUCUCCAAGUCGAGACAGCCGGUUCUGAAAGGAGUUAACCUAACAGUCCACGAGGGUGAGGUCCAUGCUUUAAUGGGGCAGAAUGGUUCUGGAAAGAGCACUUUUGCAAAGGUCCUUGUUGGGCAUCCAGAUUACGAAAUAACGGAUGGAAGUGUGACAUUUAAAGGAGAGAAUUUGCUUGAAAUGGAUCCAGAGGAAAGGUCUCAAGCUGGUAUUUUCAUGAGCUUCCAGUCCCCAGUUGAGAUUCCAGGUGUUAGUAAUAUAGAUUUCCUGAACAUGGCAUACAAUGCCAAGCAAAAGAAACUUGGACUGGCAGAACUUGGUCCAAUUGAGUUCUAUGGAUAUAUUAGCUCAAAGCUUGAACUUGUGAACAUGAAGACUGACUUCUUGAAUAGAAAUGUAAAUGAAGGGUUCAGCGGUGGAGAAAAGAAGCGAAAUGAGAUUUUACAACUAGCGGUAUUACCAAUGUCUUGCAUCUUCUUUUUUCAGUCCGAAUGGUUAUGUUGUACAACAUUUAGAAUCUUUUCUUCAAGUCCUAAUCUUUCUUGGUCACAAAAAAUUGAGUAUACCCUGUUGCUAUACCGCGCAUUGUUACCCACUCCAGUCUGGUAUAGAUUCUUUCUCAAUAAAGAAUAUGGGAGCCUAUUUUCAUCACUGACCACUGGGUUGUACUUAACAUUCAAGCUUACAACAAUAGUUGAGAAGGUCCAAUCCUUCUUCACUGCUUUGAAGGCACUAUCAAAGAAAGAUGUCCACUAUGGAGCUUAUGCUACACCUGAACAAGUUAACGCAUCGGGUGAUAUGUGUGCUAUUUGCCAGGAGAAGAUGCAGGCACCCAUUCUCUUGCGCUGCAACCACAUCUUUUGCGAAGACUGUGUCUCUGAAUGGUUUGAAAGAGAACGAACUUGUCCUCUGUGCAGAGCCUUGGUUAGAGCCACUGAUCUACAGUCUUUCGGAGAUGGAUCAACUAGCCUUUUCUUCCAACUCUUUUGAACAAUUCCGGAGUUCAUGCACUGUACAGAGAAAGUAACACACUAAUUUAUGUUGGGUUCUAACACAUCUCUUUACACAACUCUGGUUCAGAAAUCUGAUCAACUGCUACGGAAGCCUAAAAUGGUGAAGGAGCUUCAUAUUUCAACUCAGUAAACGUCUAAUGGGUUUCUUUCUUCUUCUUCUUAAGUACUUAAAAUUAAAUUGUUAUCUGAAUAUUUUGGAACAAUUGUACAGAUGUACCACAUAUUUAUGGUACAAAACAUUCGUUUCGCUUGGAAAAAAAAGGAGAAAUCUUUGACCCUUUUCUUCCAAUCAAACGCUGCCUCUCACUGUUCAUUUUUUCCCUUCUCCGUUCUUUAAAUUUAUUGAUUUCUUCACUUUUCAGAUCUGCCCUUUUAUGUCCCUGUGUUGUUCAUUCAUUGCUGUGAAAUGACAAUACUAUGAACCUGACGUCAAUGAUAAAGCGUUCAAAGAAUUAUUGGAGAUAUAUGUGGCCAUAUGGGGUUUCUGGUUUCUGUGCACCCAUUUUCUUUCUGUUUUAAUUUUUGAUAUCUCUUUUUUUUGCAGUAUUUUUGCUCAAAGAUGGUAUCUUGCAAGAUUUUCUUGUGUUCUGAUUUCAUUGGGAAAUUCAAAUUGAUUGGUUUUAUUAUAAUCUUGUGCUAUUUAUGCAUGCUUUUCUUACUGAGAGAUUUUUCCUGGGUAUUAUUGUUGCAUAAGUUCUGUGAAGGAGUUAACUUCACCCAGUGAAUUAAAAUUAAGUUUCUGUGAUUAGUUAUUGGGUUUAGUUAGGGUGAAAGUGAAAGGAUGAUACUUUUGGUGUAAUUCUUUGACUUUUCAUUCAAGUACAGUCUGAUAAUUCAAAAUGUUUUUUUCCCUCAACAAAAAAAGGUUUUUUUCCCUGCAAAUGUCAUAUUGCCAUGUUUUUUCUGUUUGGUUUCAGAAAGAUUAUGCUCUGGUAUUUUUUUUGGGUUGUAAACUUUUUUUUUAAAUAUUAAGAGUGGGUAAGAAAUUUGUGAUGUGUUUUCCGAUGCUUUCUGGCUUUGUAUGAUUAUCCUACCUUUUAAAGAUGGUAUGCAUACAUAUGAAAUUUAUUUAAGUUUUUGCAGAUGCUGAAAACAAGAUUUGGGACAUUUGCAAACCAUAAGAGGACUCUAAUGAGUAAUAAUGUAUUUUGUUCUUUGAAGUUUAAACCAUUUGAGAGGGUCUUUUACUGUAGAGAUUUCACACAUUUUUUUCUCUUUAUACGGAGUAUAUAUGUAUUUUUGCAUAAUCUUUCCCUUUAGAAUUGAAGGGG